GGUAUAAAAAGGAUUCUUUAGUUAAUACUGAUCAUUACCGAACUUCCACAGGACUACGGGACUAUUCCAUUCACGAUGGUUAAGAUCAUCUUCUACGAGGAACCAAACUUCCAGGGUCGCUCCUAUGAAUGCAAUGCUGAUAGUCCGGACAUCUCCACAUACCUAAAGCGCUGCAAUUCCAUCAGAGUAGAAAAUGGUAACUGGGUUCUGUAUGAACAACCCAAUUACAGAGGACACCAGUACUUCCUAAGGAGAGGAGAAUAUCCCAAUUUCCAGCAAUGGAUGGGAUUUGAUGACACUAUCAGGUCCUGUCGACUUACUCCACAGCACCGUGGUCCAUUCCAGUUGAAGAUCUAUGAAAGGGAAGAUUUCCGAGGUCAGAUGAUGGAGUUUACUGAAGAUUGUCCUAAUGUCUAUGAGCAGUUCCGUUACCAUGAUAUCCACUCCUGCCAUGUACUUGAUGGUCACUGGAUGUUUUACGAGGAGCCCAACUACAAGGGGCGCCAGUAUUACCUUAGACCUGGAGAGUAUAGGAGAUAUACUGACUGGGGCGCCAUGAACUCUAGGGUGGGUUCAUUCAGAAGAGUUCAGUAUUAAGUCUACAUUGUGAGUUAAUGCUUACAUUUAUGAUGAAAUACAAUAAAACUGUCAUUACAAUCCCA